AUGAGAGAUAUUCUUAGUGGCAAGAGAAGUUAUGAAGCAAAGGAGACCGUGCAACUCACGGAGAGUUGUAGCGCUCUAAUUCAACACUCCUUUCCCCCAAAACUCAAUGAUCCUGGAAGUUUUUCUAUCCCUUGUAGCAUUCAAAAGCUAAAGUUUGAUAAUUCUCUUUGUGAGUUGGGGGCAAGUGUGAGCAUCUUGCCAUAUAAGACCUAUGAGAAGCUCAAGCUAGGUGAUCUUUCUCCUACUGCUAUGUCAUUGCAACUAGCCGAUCGAUCGGUUAUGUUGCCAUUGGGUAGGAUUGAGGAUGUUCCCCUCGUUGUUGGCAAGCUUACUUUCCUUGUUGACUUCGUCGUCUUGGACAUCGAUGAGGAUGCCCAUACCCCCAUUAUCUUGGGGAGGCCAUUUUUGGCCACCGCGGGUGCUCUUAUCGAUGUACAAGGGGGACUAAUCACCUUGAAAGCGGGGGAUUAA